AUGGAGCCCCCAAAGGCUGAUAAAAUGGAGCCACCAAAAGUCGAUAAAAUAGCAGAAUCAAUGCUUAACCAAGCGGAGAAACUUUGGAAGCUUUCUAAAGAUCAGCAAGCAUGCGAGUGGUACGAAAAAUACUUCCAACGCACGUAUAAGGAAGGUGAUCCUAUUACACCAAAGCUUGCAACAAACCUAUUGCAUUACGCAGAAAGCCUUCUCAAUAAACCUGCUAAUACUGCCGAAGAUAAGGCCCAGCGUGACGAUGAUUUGGAAACAGCAGCAGAAUAUUGCGUUACAGCUCGCGAGACAUACAUGAAUGCUAAACCAGAAGAGUAUGAAUUUAAGAAUUACAUCAAUACCUACGUCUUCCUUGGUCGUAUAUCAAAUUUAUUCAACAGAUUCAAGCAAGCAGUUCGUGAAUUUUCAAAAGCACUUGAUAUUUGCGAGCAUGAUCAACGUGCGACAUGGCGUAACAAAGCAGAAAUUUGUCUAUUUCUCGGUGGUGCCUACGAAAAUUGCGAAAAACCAAAGGCUGGUAUAGAAGCAUUGAAACCAGGCGUUGAACUCAUUACAGCCGAAAUUGAGAAAGAAUCAGAUCCAGAAAAGAAGAAGCAACUUGAGGACUUACGUUCAGACUUAACUGAUGUUCUCAAGCGCCUUGAAGAAGAUCUCAAGGAACAAGAAAAUGAUCCAGAACUUCAGAAAGAACUUGCCAAGCAGGAAGAAGAAGAGGAAGAGGAGGAAGAAGAUGGUGAAGAAGAGGAAGGUGGAGAAGAAGAUGAUGAGGAAGAAGAAGUUGAUGAAGGCGAAAAGAAGGAAGAGAAACCGAAAGAGGAAGAAAAGAAAGAAGAUAAGCCAAAAGAGGAAGAAAAGAAGGAAGAUAAACCAGCUGAAGAAAAGCCAAAAGAAGAAGAAAAGAAGGAAGAUAAACCAGCUGAAGAAAAGAAAGAGUAA